AUGGAGCCAACGACAACGCAGAUGCGGGCCAAGGAGGUAGCGGCGCUGAAGAUCCGGAGCCACAAACUGGUAGUGCGCAAGGACAAGGCUCAGGAGGAGACACUGGAAGCUCCGGAGCUGGCUCAUCAUCAGGAACAGGCUCUGGAUCAGGUGGUGACAAUGGAUCUGGUGGCGGAUCAAACUCUGCCAAUGGUUCAGCCUCAGGAAAUGGCUCAGGCGACGACUCUGCUACUGAUGGUGGUACCAGUGGCAACACCGGUGACGGGUCGAACAGCGGCGACGGAUCUGGAGCAAAUUCAGGCUCUGGCUCAGGCUCUGAUUCGGGAGAUGGUUCGACAGGAUCGUCUUCGGGCAAUGGGUCUGGUUCUGGCAGUAGCGGCGACGACAAUGCUGGUACCGACCCAGAUGCAGGAUCCGGCUCAGGCAGCGGGACAGAUGGAAAUGGCGACAACUCUGGGACAGACCCGAGUACCGGUUCACCCGCUGGCAAUGGCUCCGGUUCUGGUUCUAGUUCUGGUCCUGGUUCUAGUUCUAGUUCUGGUUCUGGUUCUGGAGGCGACAGCACUGAAGAUGGUGGCGCUGGAGGUAAUGCCUCACAGACUGCAUCAUCGCCUGACCUGA